CCUCCUGUUUUUCUUUUCCACCCCCUCGUUCUACUUUGCGGUAUAUAAUUGUGAUAUAGACUGCUCCUGAUUCUUAUUCUGAUACAUAACAAUCAGAUUGCAUCCAUCAUGCAAGGCGUCGGACAUUAAUCUCAGAAAUCAAAACCCUCGGAGGGGAAAAAAAACAGCACGAUCAGAUAGGCAGUAGAGUGCAGUAGCGUGGCCUCGGUUAUCAGGUACUGGGCGCAACAACGACGGGUUCCACUGGGUCUGCUCGUCCCCAUCCACGAAUAAGUGCUUGGUAGUGGGGCAUUCAACCGCCAACAAAAUGAAGACCAGCACAGAAAAGAAAAAAAGAAAGGUAAAAAAAGAGGGAGAAAAGAUGGUCUGCCCUAGGAUCAUCUUCACAAGUCCAAUAUGGAUAUCCGCCGAGAGGCAUUAUCAGAUGCCCACACUAACAAAUCCAUCCGGCCGCCCCUCUUGCUCCCCUGCCAAGUGGAGGUUCCUAACCUCCAUUCUGGCUUGGUUUCAUUUGGCUUUCUCCGCUUUUUUUCUGCUCUCGAGGGAGAGACCCUCCUCUGGAUUCCGUGCCAUUGCUGGCCCCCCCGAUGUUCACUGCAGCUUUUGUUUUCUUAGCCCUGGGCCGUAACCGGAGCCGUUGUGAUGGUUCCAAAAUUCUCCCCCCCCUCUCUCUCCUUUAGUGCGUGGGUGGAUAUAGCGAUGUGUCAUGGGCCCUUUUACCUCCCCAGUAUCUUUUCGUCUCUUUUUCUGGUCCGAUCUUUCUCCCUUUCUCUCUCUCUUCCGGUUUCUUGUCUUUCUUUUGAUUUUUAUCUUUGAUUCUUUUCUCCCCUCGGCCUGCCGUGUCUCAUCCCACAAUAACCCAUACAAUUCAAGGUUGUCUUUCUAGCGGGCAUGCUUUGGAGGUAGCUUGUUUGAGUGAGCUGUUUCACUCGUCGACUAUAACCUGCUAACUCUGUGGGAGAUCUUGCAUGUGCAAUUGUUGAUUGCCAUUGAUCC